ACUUCGGAUCCGAACGGCAUCAGUUGAAUCGUGAUCGUUAAACUUAUUCCAGCAACUAGCACUAGCUCGUCGUUUGCGUUCUUUACUACAAGUGACGGAAGUUUGCGGUAGCGAAUGUUUUAAAAGAAGAAAACAAGUUCUCAACAAUUUCAAGGGGAAAAGUGUUUUAAGUGAAAGGACUUUUGUGUAGACACGGAAAUCGGAAGCAACCAUGAUUUCGAAAAUGUACAAUGCCAUUAACAAGGCCCGCUUCAGUGGCAUUCGGAUAGUUCCGGCCAAUGCGCCGUCUCUGUAUCAGGAAUGCGUGAAAGUGUUUGUAGCUGAAGUUAACCGCACCCAUCAGAACGGGAAACGGAUUUCAGAACUGCAAUUCUUGCCCACCGCAGCUCUGGUUAAUAUUUUCGAAGAAAUGUGCCUUUAUCCGGCUCUGCGCGACGCACUGCGACAAGAGCUCUCCGAUCCGGCUCUGUUUAUGAGGAUCUUCAACGGUCAUGCAUCGAAUCAGCACAUUUUGGACCGUUGCUUGCGCGAGGCAAGCUUCAGCGGAAAGCCAGUUCUCUCUGACCUCGCUACUAAUUACUGUGAUAUGGCUCGUAGCGACCCACUGGAACCGGGAUCGCCAGCCUUUAUGAGUCGUAUUCUGGCAACCUUGAAACUCGGCUCCUAUCUGCACGAAGCCGGUUGGGCCAGUUUCAGUGUCGAUGUGUUAGUCAUAGCUAAAGACAUGAUCUCGUUGAUUAAGGACAACCGUUUCCACAAGAAACUGGAACUGGAAUGCAUUCAAAAGCUGCUGCGCUCCGAGAGAAGCAGUUCCCACCCGAAUGCCAAACAAACAUGUGAUACCCUGCUGCAGUUGAUCGUCAACGUGAUCGACACAGAUGCGCUAGUCAAAUCCUACAUGGAAAUCGCGCACUUCCAUUAUUCUGUUGAAGAGUAUGAUCAAUGUCACGAGUGGUCCCUCAAAGCAAUGAGUCUUAUCACAGAUUCUACCCCGAUCGGUGACGUCAUCGCCGUGCUGCAAAUAGAGGCUCUGUUCUGCUUUGCUAAGCAACGCUACGACCUUGGAAGUAUGCUAAUCGCGCAAGCUAUUCAUCGUGCUCGCUCCAAGUAUGGCAACGUGCACCCCCGCUACGCUGACGUCCUGCUCACCUACGGCGAAUGUCUGCUGCUCAUGAAUGCCGUUUCCGACGCCGUCUCAACCUUUAUGGAACUGCUCGAUGUCACCACCAAACUGUACGGACAACUCACCCCCACCGUUCCCAUCGUCCAGGGCUAUCUAGCAUAUGGAUUUUAUCUCCGCUCUCACGCCACCGGACGGUUCGAUAUGGCCGAGAGUCAGAUAGAGAAGGCCAUCGCCCAGGCCAAACAGCUCAUCCCUUCGAAUAAACGGGUGCUCGAAGAUCUGAACUCGAUUCGCAGCAUGGUCCUCCAGGGACACGACAUCAUUCGGGCGGCCAUGAAGGAGAACCAUGUCACCAAAGCCAGCAACUAUCAGACUUUUUCGUUCCCGGAAAUUCGAGAUAAGUGCGUCGAACUGAAUGCUUCUUUUGAGUAAAUGUUUAAGAAAAAUUGUUACUAAGCUAAGCUAGAAUUAAGGCAAAACAAUCACAAAUCUCUAUCGAAUUUAUAUUUGCUUAUGUUAAGCGAUUCCCACAAAAGACUUAAAACUGAUUAGACCGUAAGUGAUGUUUUCUGUUUAUCUUCGUGUAAAUAAAAUAUAAUUCAAAUUUG